AAAUAUAAAGAUUUUUUUUAUUUUAAUUUGAGGAAAUAAGAUGUCUUAAUAAGCUUCAAAGGGUGGAAAAGCAUAAUAACCUAAAGGUGAUGCAAAAUAAUAAUCUGCAACAUAAGCUAAAGUAGCUAAACCAUAAGAAACUAAAGAAAAUGUGAUGAGAAAAAUUAGAAUAGAAAAAUUGAUGGUUCAUAUUUGUGCUGGUGAAUCAGGUGAUAAAUUAACUAAAGCUGCUAAAGUUUUAGAAGAUCUUACAGGAUAAAAGCCUGUAUUUGGUAAAGCAAGAUAUACAGUCAGAUCAUUUGGUAUUAGAAGAAAUGAAAAGAUUUCUGUAUUUUGCACCAUUAGAGGUGAUUAAGCAAGAGAUAUUCUUGUGAGAGGAUUAAGAGUUAAAGAAAUGGAAUUAAAAAAGAGAAAUUUCUCUGAUUCAGGAAACUUUGGAUUUGGUAUUUAAGAACAUAUUGAUUUGGGAUUAAAAUAUGAUCCAUAUACAGGUAUCAGUUAUUUUCUUAUUAUUAUUUUAGGUAUUUUUGGAAUGGAUUUCUAUGUAGUCUUAUCUAGACCAGGACUUAGAGUUGCUUAAAGAAAAUCAAGAAACUCUAGAUUAGGCACUUAAUAAAGAGUAACUAAAAAAGAAGCAGUUGAAUGGUUUAAAUAAACCUUUGAAGGAAAUGUCUAUUGAUACAAUACAAAAUUACAUUAAAUACAUAUAAAAAUGUUUUAUGUUUA